AAAGCAACGUCUGAUUCUUUUGGAACUGUUUUGGAAUCUCUAUUCAGGAAUCGUUUGGUCGGGAUGCCUGGAGCCGAGAGGAAAUUACGCAUAUGCGUCAUCGGUGCUGGUGCUGCGGGCCUCUGCGCACUGCGUCAUUUGGCGAACGAGCCCGCGCUUUUCGAAUUUGAAGCCUUCGAACAGACCGAUCACAUCGGCGGCACAUGGGUUUAUAACGAGAGGAUCGGAGUAAACGCUAAAAAUCAGCUUCCCAUUCACUCCAGCAUGUAUGAAAAUCUCAGAACAAAUUUGCCAAGCGUAAUAAUGAACUUUCCUGAUUGGAGGAAGAUGGGCAACAACGAGAAAAGCUGCAUCUCACACUCCGAAGUCUUAUCUUAUUUAGAAGAUUACACAAAUCAUUUUGAUCUCCGUAAAUAUAUUACGUUCAACACCAGCGUCGAGACUGUACGACCCAUACGCAGUGUUCAGCGUGCUGAUCCUGCAAUCUCGGCUGUUUCAUUAGCUUGGAAAAUAAAAAUAAAGAAUGUCCUAAGCUGUACCGUAGAAGAAAGAGAAUUCGACGCUGUAUUUUGCUGUAACGGUCACUUUUUUGAACCGAACGUUCCGCCUAUACCUGGGAUUCAAAGUUUUCCUGGCAUAGUGAUGCAUAGUCACGAUUAUCGCAAACCACAACCGUUUACUGGUAAAACCGUCGUUGUUUUGGGAGCAGCUUCUUCUGGCGCUGAUAUUGGAAUGGAACUGACGGGAUACGCUCGUCACGUUUAUCUCAGCCACAACAAUCCUAGACUGAUUGCGGCUCUACCGGCGAACAUGACCGAGGUGAUGGGUGUAACCGGGGUGGAGGGCAACCGAUUCAUUCUCAAAGAUGGUACAAGCGUGGAAGCAGAUGCAUUCAUGUACUGUACGGGGUACAAGUACAGUUUCCCCUUCCUGGACGAGACCUGCGGGAUCACGGUUGACGACAACUACGUUCACCCCCUUUACAGGCACCUGAUAAGCGUUGAACAUCCGACGAUGUGCUUCAUCGGGAUACCACUGGUUGUUGUGCCGUUUCCAAUGUUCCAUAUACAAAAAAUUCUUUCUAUGUUUGAGGUGAAAUACUUCAUCGCUUUGCUGAAAAGUAACGUGCGUCUACCAUCGAAGGAAGUCAUGCUUCAGGACGCGUCGUGCAAGUCACCGUUGAAACGACACGCGCAUCGGCUUGCGGACAAUCAGUGGGAAUACAACGACGGUUUGGCUCGAGACGGGGGUUUUGAGACUCUUCCACCCUUCUACAAAGCUGGGUAUUCGGCGUGGAAAAUCCAAAGAGGUCGGAACUUGAUGCACUACAAGGAUGCGAAAUUCAUCGUCGACGAAGACGGCGAAAGCGUGCAGAUCAUCCCGUACGAUAAUACUGCAUCUGUGAUGUCUAAAUGACUGCAGUAGUUAGAACAUUCUUUGCAAGAUAUCCUAGAAAAAUUAGUAUUUAUAAAGUAUCAAGCUAUCUCCUAAGAUAUUGGCUUACAAUUAAUCUAUCUCUCCGUUCGAAUUUCGGAUUUUUUAAGUAGCAUUACUGC